AUGAGGUUACGUACGUACGUGCCUCAACCAGCACCUGGCUUACGAGCUAUUGCGCAAUUACAACCUGAUGAAGAGUCAGGAGUAGGAGGCGAGUUGAUAUUCACUCAAAUCUUACCUAACGGUCCGGUAACGAUCGAAGGAAAUGUGACCGGACUGUCGCCUGGUCUACACGGACUUCAUGUGCAUCAAGCUGGUUCUAUAAAAGAUAAUUGCAAAGAAAUCGGGCCACACUUCAUAGCUUACUAUGGUCGUCAUGGCGGACCACGCGAUCAAAUUCGUCACGUCGGCGACCUCGGCAACAUCAAGGCUGAAGAAGGAGAAACACUCAAGGUCAAAAUCGUGGACCACUUGAUUUCUUUAGCUGGCCCACGCUCAGUGGUUGGCAGGUCGAUCGCCAUAUCAAAGAGUGAAGAUGAUUACGGCCGAGCGGGCACGGAGGACAGCGCUCUGACUGGCACUUCUGGGCCAGCUAUUGCUUGCGGAAUUAUUGGCUAUUUAAACUAAUCCAUACAACAAUUCUAAAUACCAAUAUUUUUUUUUAUUAUUUUG